AUGUCUGCUGACGUCUGGGUGGGAACAUGGAGACCCCACCGGCCCAGAGGGCCCAUCGCUGCUCUCUACAGCAGUCCCGGGCCCAAGUACGGGCUCCCCACAAACGUAGGUUACCCCCUUCACGACCCCUCCCGCUACCGAGCCCCUGCGUACAGCUUCGGCAUCCGCCGCCUCCAUCUGCAGGAUGAGUGCUCCCCGGGGCCCAAGUACAUGGUGCCAGCCAAGAUGACCAUGAAGGGCAAAGAUGGUAACCCUGCCUACUCCAUCUAUGGCCGUCCCAGGGAUCUGAUGCCCUUCCUGACCCCCGGGCCAGGUCGAUAUUCUCCAGAGAAGGCAGGGAAAUGGGCCUAUCGCUCCGCGCCCAUCUACUCGCUCGCCUCGCGUACGAAGGAGUUUGCGAAUGACCAGACUCCAGGGCCUGCCGCCUAUGGGCUCCCCCCAAUGAUUGGGCCCAAGGUCGUCAACAAGAGCUCUGCCCCAAACUAUUCCCUCCUGGGGCGCAGCUUGGUCGGCAGUUUCUAUGAGGACCUGAGCAAGACGCCAGGGCCCUGUAACUAUCGUGUGGUGGAACCCAGCGUGUUCAAGACCCGGGCCCCCCAAUACAGCAUGCUUGCCCGCAACAUGCUUCCUGGGGACAACACGCAGAAACCAGGGCCUGGGGCACACAGCCCGGAGAAGUACGUCCAGCAGCGUGGCCAGACCUUUGGAAUCCGCCACUCCGACUACCUGGCACCCCUCAUUGUGGACGUGGUGGAUUAA